GGUGUUUUUGGUCUAUUUUGAAGCCAUUAUCAAUUAAUUGUCAACGCAAACAUUAUUGCUUUUCAUUAAAGAGGAGAAGAGAAAUACAGUGUAGUUGCAGGCGGUUGGUAAAUGGUUGUGAUAGGGUCUCCGAGAGAUUGAUUGAAGCCAAGCCAUGAAGAAGCAAGAGAUUUCUCCAACACCACCACCGCCACCGCCACUAACCACAACAAGAAGAAGAGCUGAGAGCAAGAGCAGCGGUAUUUCUUUUUCGACGACGCCGGCUCGGCUUAGGGCCGCCUCCUCUAACUCUAAAGCGAAGGACUCGCCGUCGCCGACCAAACCCCAGACACCCCUCAAUCUGAAUCUGAAUGGGAAUCUGAACGAGAAUGGAAAUAAUAAUGGGGUAUUAUCACCAUCCCCAAAUCCAAGAGCCAAGUCGGUUCCUCCUCGGGAUGCAUAUUUACACAACAACAAUAAUCAAACGGCAAGGAGGAGGCCUCUUCCUCUCCUUGUUCUCAGCAAACCCAAAUCUCCAUCACAAUCAUCUCAAAAGGGUAAGGAUUAUUUUGAGCAGGAGGCGGUCAAGGCCGUGGGUCGGUCCGGCAACCGUCCUGUUGUCGAGCAAUUCGCUCGUCCUCGUCCUCUUCCUCGUCGGCAGCGGCUUACUACUAGCACCACCACCACCACCACCACCACCUAUCCUAAUUCUAAUUCUAACUCUAAUAAUAAGGUGAAUGAAUCUGAUGAUUUGGAUUGGAAGAAAAGGGCAGAAGAAUUGCUGGAGAAGCUUGACCGGAAUGAAACCUUGAUUACCAAUUUACAGUCUGAGGUAUUGGAAUUGAAGUCAGAGUUGGAUAAAGCGCAGAGCUUCAACACAGAGCUCCAAUCACACAACAGCAAGCUGUCCGAAGAUCUUGCCGCUGCCCAUUCAAAGAUUGCUACUCUCUCUACUACUACUACUACGCCUCCUCCUCCUCCUCCUCCUCCUCCUCCUGAUCAGAAGGAGUCUGGGGCGGAGUACCAGAGUCAUAGAUUUAAAGAUAUUCAGAAGCUCAUUGCCACCAAAUUGGAACACUCCAAACUCAAGAACGAGGCAAUAAACGAUGGAAGUCCUACUAGGGUGCUAACGGCGCCAUCUACAAAGCCCACACCCAUAGCCGUGGAUGUACAGAACAAUGUUCCGGCAUGCCACUUGCCACUGCCACCACAUCCCCCUCCCCCUCCCCCUCCCCGACCUAGAGCCCCUGGCAAAUCAGCUAUCACCCGGAAGGAUCCACCAGUUGUAGAACCUCGUCACAUGUUAACAAAGUGUGACAGGAGCAGUAACCCUUCAGGAUCAGGGAAUUGUGAUAAGCCCUUGAUCAUUAGUGCACACAGUAGCAUAGUUGGAGAAAUACAAAAACGUUCGUCGCAUCUUUUAGCUAUAAAAGUAGACAUUGAAACAAAAGGAGAGUUUGUAAACAGGCUUAUCGAGGAAGUGGUGGGUGCUGCUUACACAGAUAUUGAAGAUGUUUUGAAAUUUGUGGAUUGGCUUGACAACCAACUCUCAUCAUUGGCUGAUGAGCGGGCAGUGCUUAAACAUUUCAAUUGGCCUGAGAAGAAAGCAGAUGCCAUGCGAGAAGCUGCAGUUGAAUAUCGUGGCCUCAAACUUUUAGAAAGUGAAGUUUCUUCCUACAAGGAUGAUGCUAGUGUUCCAUGUGAAGUUUCCUUGAAGAAGAUGGCUGGCUUACUUGACAAGUCAGAGCACAACAUACAAAAGUUGAUUAAGCUGCGAAACUCAGUUAUGCUUUCUUAUCAGCACUUCAAAAUUCCAACCAACUGGAUGCUUGACUCUGGAGUUAUUAGUAAGUCUCUCCAGAUAAAGCAGUCUUCUAUGAUGCUUGCCAAGAUUUACAUGAGGAGAGUACUAGUGGAGCUUGAAUCUAUGCAGUAUUCAGAAAGGGAAUCCACUCAAGAAGGCUUACUGAUACAGGGUGUGCAUUUUGCUUAUAGGGCUCACCAGUUUGCUGGAGGGCUUGAUUCAGAAACGUUGUGUGCUUUUGAAGAGAUAAGACAACGUGUCCCAGGACACCUACGAGGAUCUCAAGAACUGUUGGUUGGCAUACCAUCAUCAUAAGACUAAUUUCAGACUUCAUCGUGUGGACUUCAAAGUUUGAUAAAGACUAGUGACUAAGUCCUUUUUUUUUUCAUUUGUUUUUCUCUGCCCGUCCUCACCCUCAGAAAUGUC